AUGUUUGCGGCAUUGGCUUUCGUGCCACCGGCAGAGCUCAACAGCGCAGUCACCGAACUCGCGCCUCUCCUUCCGCCGGAGCUCACCCCCGUGCUCAAUUAUUUCGAGGACGUGUCUCUCGAACGGCUGAACAGGGUAGCCCCUGAUGGAGCGAUCGAGAGACGAGCGCCACGAUUCCCGGUGGAAAUGUGGUCCGUUCUCCAGAGGACACUGGAUGGAGAGGCUCGAACCGACAACUAUGCAGAAGCAGCCCAUCGACGCAUGCAACUCGAAUUCGGAGUGAGCCACCCAACGCUAUGGAAGUUCAUUGAUGGGUUGCGGAAAAUUCAGAAAAACAGAGAUUUCCAGAUGGAGCAAUAUAUCGGAGGCGCGACGGCCCCGAAGAAACGCAACACGUGUGUCGAGGCUGAUAGGAAGAUCCUAGAGGCGGUCAGAGACGCCUCAAACAGUACCGACGAGGAAUAUCUGCGAGGGGUUUCUCGGAACUUCUUUUUGGAGUCCUGA